UGAGUUCAGUUGCCUCCAGCGGACGAUGAUCGGCCACGCGUUGUGUAUGUAUUAACGUAGUGUAGGCCUUGUUGUGUCUACGUAGAGUCAACAGAGAUACCGAGUUAAGCGGGAAUAUUCGACCGGCGAACGGCCAGCGCGCUGGGGGUCUCAUCGCCCGUUCAGCGUAUUUUUUUAUACGAAAAUCGCGAUGUGCCAAAUAACAACUGGUAGAUUGUGAAUUGGUGCGAUAACUCGAUUCACAGUAAGAUUAAAUUACGGACGCAACGAUGGCUACAAAAAAUACUAGUAGUAGUGUUUUAUUAUUGUGCAUUUUACAUUGUGUUACAAGUUUUAACUUAGAACCGAGGAUUCCUGUGAUAAAGUUCGGCGAGCCCGGCUCGUAUUUUGGAUUUUCUGUUGCUGAACAUCUUACGAUCGGAAAUAAGAACGAAUUAAAAAGUUGGCUGCUCGUGGGGGCUCCUCUCGACCAGAAUCUACAACCUAAUACGAAGAGGUCUGGCGCUCUGUGGAAAUGCAGCGUCAGCCCGUCUCCGACAGACUGCGAACAGAUCAUUACAGAUGGAAAGAGAACGAAGUACGGGAAGAUAAACACGAGUCUCGAUUCCUUGCAUCUGACUGAGCCACAUUCUGAUGAGAUCAAGGACGGUCAAUGGCUGGGCGUAUCCGUAAGAAGUCAAGGAGUUGGAAAAAAGGCAGUUGUAUGUGCUCACAGAUAUAUUCGCAAAUCCGGGGAGUCACAAUUUGGUCAAGGACUCUGUUACACGCUAAGUAACGACCUCCAGUUGAUCGACGUGUGGGAGCCAUGCCGAGGUCGCUCUGUACAAAGAGAACACGAAGAAUUUGGCUUUUGUCAAGUUGGAACGAGCAGUUCACUUCUUGAAGAUGAUACUUUAGUUCUCGGGAGUCCUGGCCCUUACACCUGGAGAGGAACUAUUUUCACCCAAGAUACCAAUGACGAUCUACUGGAAAGAGAUCAUGUUGUGUACAUGGCACCAGUUGAAGACGGCGUUAGUCCCGUUGAAAAAUAUAGUUAUCUAGGUAUGUCGGUAUCAGGAGCUAAUUUCUUUGGUCCUGAACCAGCAUAUGCGGCAGGAGCACCAAGAGCUCAUGGCACGGGUCAAGUCGUGCUAUUUCGCAAACCUAAAAUUGCUGACUGGACACGUAACGAUGUGGACAUUCUCAACUUUAUUUUUAUUCUCAACGGCGAACAGUUUGGUUCAAGUUUUGGAUAUGAAAUCGCAACAGCUGACGUAAACGGUGAUGGGCUACCUGACCUUUUAGUUGGUGCACCAUUUUAUUUUUCGCGAGAUGUAGGAGGUGCUGUCUACUUAUAUCUUAAUAAAAAUCGCAAUAUAACUCAAGAAUACAGCAUGAAAUUAAGUGGUAAACCUGAAUCGCAGUUUGGUAUUGCAAUUGCCAAUGCAGGAGAUUUAAAUAAAGAUGGCUGUGAUGACGUGGCUAUUGGAAGUCCUUAUGAAGGCAACGGUGUUGUGUAUAUUUAUAUGGGAGACAGAAAAAAUGGUUUAAAGGCUAAACCUGAACAAAUUAUAAAAGCGGAAUCAUUACCAGUUGUAAUGAAGACAUUUGGAUAUUCUCUGUCUGGUGGGAUGGAUCUUGACGCUAAUGGUUACCCAGAUCUGUUGGUUGGUGCAUAUGAAAAUAGCAGCGUGGCACUAAUACGAACAAAACCUAUUAUAGACAUAAAAACAUCUAUACGCCCAUCGAACACUAUAAUAAAUAUCGAUCCAACGAUCCAAGGUUGUCAAAAGGACCCAACCUCGAAUUACACAUGUUUUCAUUUCCAAGCAUGUUGUAUAAUUAAGUCUCUUGUAAGAUCAGUACAAAGCAACACUCAUGAAUUAAAUUACGUUAUUGAGGCAGAAACUUUCCCUGGUGGCAGAAAGUAUUCUAGAGUUUUCUUUGACUCUGAUAAAUCAAAUAUAGUUAAUAAAACUAUACACCUUGCUAAAGACGUGGAAGACUGCAGAGAACAUAUUGUUUACUUGAAAAAUAAUACAAGAGAUAUACAAACGCCAAUAAAAUUUCAAGUCACUUACAUGAUAGUUCAAGUUCAGCCCCAAUACACAACUGUAGGUAGUCUACCUAAGAUUGAUGACUAUCCUGUGUUAAAUGCUACUGCCAGAACAUCUUUCAGUGCUAAUUUCCUAAACGACUGUGGUCAAGAUGGCAUCUGUGUUAGCGAUUUAGUCGUAUCACCUGCACUACUUUUACCAAAAACUAAAGAUGGGAAAGCAUACGCGCUUACGUUAGGCCAAGAGGAAGAAGUUAAACUUUCAAUAAAUGUGGAUAAUUAUCAAGAAUCUGCUUAUGAAGCACAGUUAUUCGUGCAGCAUCAUGCAAGCUUACACUAUAUAGCUGCGAAUAUCACUGGUAAACAAAUGAUUUGCACUAGCUUUAACAAAACUACAGUCUCCUGUUUACUAGAGAAUCCCUUCAAACGGCAGCCAGAAGGAAAUCCGCCAGUAAUCAUGAGGUUCGAUGCCAGAACGUUGGAAGAUAACGAACCAUCUGUAAUAUUUACUGUUUGGGCAAAUUCCACGUCUAAAGAGUUGAAACCUGACCAGAAGCCUGUACAAGUUGAAGCGCUUGUAAUAAAGAAUGCUAAACUGUUAAUAAAAGGUGCGGCGUCGCCUGAACAAGUGUUUUAUGGAGGCGAAGUGAAGGGAGAAUCCGCCAUGACUUACUUUGAUGAUAUCGGCACAAGAAUAAUACACACAUAUCAGGUAUUUAACGACGGACUCUGGCGAGUCUCGUCAGUACAAGUUGUCAUAUAUUGGCCUCAUCAGGUUGCGUCUGAGAAUUCGCAAGGAAAGUGGCUACUCUAUCCCGAAGAUAUCCCGACUGUUGAGGGAGAAGGAAAUCAGAUUAAUGGCGAAUGUUUCAUAUCCGAAUCAGAAAUUAAUCCAUUAAAACUAACACAUCGGCCAGGAGCUACCGAACCCUAUCUAGAAAAUCUUCAAAUGGAUCCUUUCCUGACAUCCAGAAAAUUAAGUGUUAAUUCGAAUGAAAAACAGCACAAUUCCACAAGAAUCUCGAACCACAUAGGUGGCUAUAACAGUAAGAUCGAAAACAAAAUGCGACGUAAAAGGGAAAGCGAUAUUGUGAAAGCUGAAGCUUACACGGAUAAAGAUGGGCAAAGAAAACAUGUUGUAAAAAUGAGCUGCCAAAAUAAAACUGCAAAAUGUAUUCAAUUCCAAUGCGUGAUCUACCGUUUGGAUCGAAUGAAGACUACCACUAUCACUGUUAAGGCUCGUCUGUGGAACGCAACACUCGUUGAGGACUACCCGAGAGUUAGUCUUGUUAACAUCACUUCCACCGCAUUCAUACACAUCCCCGAAGAUUACAGUAUUCAUCAGAACAAACACUACGAUGAUUCCGUUACGGUGCCAACUGUUGUUUAUCCUGACCUGAAGAUUAGUAAGCCGUCAGAAGUUCCAUUGUGGGUGAUCAUUGUGUCGGUGAUCGUAGGACUAAUAGUUCUAGUGCUACUUAUCAUCGCUUUAUGGAAACUCGGCUUCUUCAAACGAAGCCGACCAGAUCCGACGUUGUCUGGAAAUCUUGAGAAGAACCACCACGAAUCGAGCCCGUUCAUAGUUCGCGAGAGAAAUAGUAUUCGAUAGCUGUUAAUUUCUAAUCUCCAUAGCUAUGGGAAUGUGGGAACUAAACUUUAGAAGUGAAAUUUUGUACAUAGGAAAGAAAACUGUUGUAGAAUGAUUCGUAUGUGUGUAAUAGAUGGUUUGAAUAAGUAUAAUUUAAAAUAUCAUUUGACUGUGAUGUCUUCGUAGAGGAAAUAUUGUCUAAGUAUGUGAUGUUACGGCCACGACGUUGUUAUGUUGAUGUUAUGCGCGAGUCCCUGUGAGAAAGGUUUAUUUGUAAUUGUUUUUAUUUGCAUUUCUGUAGUGAGUAUUAUAAAGAUAAUAAAAUUUUAUGAUUGUUUUAUAUAUUCGAUGAAUAUGUGCUAUUCUGUAAAUAUGUACUUGCCUUUAUUAUUUAUGAAUUAAAUGUAGGUUUCCAUAAUACGACUAGAUAUUUUACUAGUCAGUAAAGCCUAUAACAUAGGUGCGUAGGAUUUUAUAGCAUCUACUUUAUGUAUGUAAUAGUUGAAAUAUAAUACGUACGAAUGUCCUACUUAAAAUAAACGUUUACUUAUCAGUACUUAAAUAUUAUGAGAGAACUUGAUGUUUUAUUACAGUUUGUUAGGAAAUGUUUUCUUCUUUUACUAAGCGGGUAAUAUUAAAUGAUGUUAUUCCAUAUUAAUAUGUAAAAUUACGAUUUAUUAACCAAAAUUUUGAUGUUAUUUCCAUAAAUGUGGAUAUGUAUAAUAUUAUCGAAUAAGUAGUAUUUAUAGUAGAUUUUUUACUAGAAUUUCUAUAAAACAUUUCGCGCAUCAAUAAUACAUACUAUUUAGAUUUUGUCAUAUUAUUUAGAAGAUGUACUGCCAAAUUUUGUUUAAUUUAUUUAUGUAUAUUUGAACACCUGUUAUUUAAUUACUGGUUGUGAUAAUUUCCGUAAACAAAUAAUAAUUGAACACUUAACAAAAAUUAUUUUCUAUUGAAUUUAUUAAUAAAUAAAUGGUGCCAUUUUAAUGCUGUUGUUUUUCCAUGAAAAACCUUUUCGUAUA